GUCACGCAACAGCUGAUUGGAGAAGAGAGAGAAAACGAAAGUUAUUGCAGGGUGAUCAAGCUGAAACAAUUUCCUAAAAGUGCAACGAUUUUCCUUCUUUCUUUCCAUCUGCGGGAUAAAUAAUAACAAAGCUACAAUAAUAAAAAUAUAAACGUCAGCGAAAAGCAAGUGAAAAACAAAUCAGGCGAGAAUAACAAAUAUGUGAAAGUCGCAAAAAAACAACAAGCCAACAAUUGCAAUAACAACACGCUUUAGAUACGACCAAAAUUUAGUAUUUCUUGCAAGCAAUUUUCACUGACGGUUCAUUCAAUAAUAGAAAUUCGAAGUGAUAAGUUCUACAAGGACAAAAUAAACCAAUAAACAAUUAUAACAACUAUUACAAGCAUAAACAUUCAGCAGAAGUAGUACAGAAGCAAUACUAAAUGAAAAUGGCAGCACAAAUAAAGUGAAUAAACAAAACUUAAUUGAAAGUUCCAGCACAAACCACGAGAACAUACGCGAAAAAGGGCGUGCAGACGUUUUUCUUUUUGUGAAGUAAAUUAUAGACAAUUGCAUAAAUAAUAAGUAAUUGAUGUGUAACUAUGAAUGGUCAAUGAAUAAAAUCAUUUGAGUGCAGAUAUUUUAAGAUAAUCGCAUCACCAAAACUAGAAGAAAAAAAUAAAGAAACGAACCGAGGAACUAAAUAAACGGUCGCUGACGUGUUCGUCGUCAUUGCUUUGCCAACUGCGGCGCACUGCUCCCACACCCAAAGUGUCGUCCAACUGGUGACUUUUGUUAGCAGUCGCACAAUUAUACAAACAUACAAAGUUUUGCUAUAUAGUAUUAAAAAUCAGGCGUUUUCAACGCGUGUGCUGGUGUGAAAAAAGAAGUGUGUCUUGAUUUAUUUUCUCUUAAAGUAAAAAAAUAAAUAAUCAUUAAAUAAUUGAGUUAAAAAAUAAAAAAUAAAAGCGAAAAAUAUACAUACAUACAUACAAACAGAAUUGUUAAAAAAUGUCAAAAGUUUCGUUGGGCGGUUUUAAAAAUACAUUGAGACGUUACCCCAAAACUUUGGGUGGAGUUGGUAUUCUGACAACUUGUGGCCUGGUUUUGCUCGAAAGACAAAGGAUUCGGAAGUAUUUGUCAAAAUGGGUGAAUACUGCUCCGUCAGAGACAGACAAAAAGCGUCCGGAUUAUAUAUACAUCAAAUAUCAUAUUUACAAGGAGUCUAUGCGAAAAUUGAAACAAAAGGAAGAGGAAGAUAAGAAAUGGAUCAACGUUAUUAUUAACCCCAUUGGAAAGUGGUGGAAAACCGUUAAGCACUCCGUCGCCUGGCGUCUAUUAAAUAUCGCACAAACGGGUUCACAACAUGAACGCCUCAAAGCUGUGCGUCAAUUAGCCUGUUUCGAUCACUUGAAAGACUGGGAUUUUCGUCAUUUAGCACAAAUUUGCGAUGCCCGCACAGCAGUAUCGUUGGCGCGUUCCGGUGCCGAUUCACGUUGGUUUGUGCCUGUUCACAUGCGUGGCUGUAUUAAGAAUCCCAAGUUGGUGCUAGCCGAUUUUCACGAUAUGUUGGCACGUUUACGACCAAAUUCAUGCAUCGAUAACUUUUUCAACAAAUACUUUCCACAACAAUAUCCACACGAAGGCAUUGACGAGUUCUUUACACAGGACCAAGCGAGUUCGUUAUCCGUCCAGGAUACAGAUAUGUUAAAGGAGAUAAUUUCCUUCUUACACCACAUCACCAAGGAUGAGUCUGUGGCAAAGCAGAUCAUCAACGAGGGCGGCCUCACACACAUCAUGGAAUUGCGCAAGAUUUUUGCGGAUGAUAAUGAAACGCUUUCAACACUCUGCAAGGUGUUGGCGAAUAUGUCGCUUGUGGAGGAUAGUGUAGAACAUUUCUUCGUUUCGGGCUGGAUUGGCGCGCUGGCAGAUUGGAUGAAGUGUCCUGAUUUGCGUUUGCAGGUGAUCUCAGCAAAAACGAUGGCCAAUUUGGAUCACGACGAUCCGAAUCAUGUUCAAUAUCCACCAAAUGUGUAUCCGUUACAUCCACGUUUGCGCACGCGCGCUAAGCCCAAGGCUGAUAUAAUAUUCAUACACGGCUUAUUGGGUGGCGUUUUUAUUACAUGGCGUCAGAAGGACCGCAACCCCAUAGAAUUGGGUUUAUAUGGCAAGAAUGCGUUUUACACGAGCGAAACGGACGAUGUUUUUCUGAUUGGCGAACAAAAACGUGCCAGUGGUAAAGCGUUUAAAAAUGGGAAUGGAAAUGGGAAUGGCGCUGGUCAUGCUGGUGCAAGCAAUGACGUGAAAAAAGAGCAAACGACUGAUCCAAUACUGAAAGCUGCUCAGAAGACAAAAAACAAAGCGCUGGAGAUAAGCGAUGCUGCUACAAUGGAACUUGUGGAGACACUGCAAAAUACUGCCGAACUAGAAUCCGAUUGGGAAGUUGUGCACCCCGAUGUGCCACUUAAAGCGGGAGAAAACUGUUGCGGCGAGUUCAGUGUGCCGGGCAAUGAAUGGCAAAAUCAAGACAACUGUGAAGACUACACCAACUGUUGGCCAAUGGAGUGGCUGCCGGAUGAUUACCCUAAUACCAGAAUCAUCGGCAUCGACUAUACCUCUGCGGUCACUGAAUGGUCAGCCAAUUUCACGAAAUACUGCCCCUGCGAGAAGGGUCAGGGGCAAAUCGAUGUACGUGCAACAUCACUGCUCGAGCGUCUCUCCAAAUCCGAUAUUGGCAAUGAGCGACCUGUUGUUUGGAUAGGACAUUCCAUGGGUGGCAUACUCACAAAACUAAUGCUUAUGAAAGCCGUAGACGAUCCCGAUCCGAAAGUAAAUCAAAUUGCGGCCAACACAUCUUCAAUACUCUUCCUGGGCACACCGCAUCGUGGCUCAUCGAUUGCCAAAUGGAAACAACACAUGCAAAUGAUUAUCUCCCCCUCCAUUGAGGUUAAAGAAAUGGAGGAAGGAGCACCGAAAUUGCUUGCUUUGCAUAGCCGCUUUAUGGCUUGUCUGCACACUUGCUUCCGCAAUGUUAAAGUUGUUACCAUCGCCGAAGGUACACCUACAAUGUUAACAACAUUCAAAUUCCCGUUACGCAUUGUCACUGAAGAUUCAGCGCGCAUUGAUUACGGCGACUUUUACGUGCUAAAAGAUGAUCAUCUCAGCCUCUCGAAACCAAUUUUCCGCCAAUCAUUCCUAUAUCAACGUGUCCUCAAGGUAAUCGAAGACUCAGUGAAUAGAGAUGAUAGACCAUCUGAAAAGGUAACACUACCCGGCACAGCAUUCAAAGUGGAGCCAGUUAGAACAUCGUCGACAAGCGUAUCAGAUGCAAAUUCGGACAGCAGUUUAUUGCAGAAAGUGCGCAGCAUUUUUUCGUCAGUGCCACAAAUCACGAUCAAUAUUCCAAAUGCUCAUUGUGAACAGUCUAGGCGCAAGUAAGAUAGGUAAAAUCCAAUGGGAUGACAAUUUUUAGCUAAGCUACUGGUUGUUUUAUAAAAGUAUUAAGCCAAUACUAAAAAAUAUUAUUUAAGCCCAUCUCACUAAGUUAUUUUCACGUUCAUUUUUCCAAAAACUGCUGUACUUAAAUUCAUGCAUGCAUUCAUCAAAAAAUAUUUUACAUACAAAUAUUUUAUAGACUUGACACCAAAUUUUAUUGUUAUUUAUAUUCCUAGUUUUAGUCUAUAAGUUUGUACUUUGUACUAUUUCCAAAAUUAGUGAUUGAUGUCUAAGAGCUUAAAUAUUGAGUCAUUUUGAUAUUGGAAUUCAGAUAAGCGUUGAAGAAAAAUUGGUCAAAUAAAAAAUGUUUGAAAACAUUAAAGUAUUGUCUUUUGUUAAA